CUUGGAGUUAACAAAAGAUUUCCGGCUGCAAGUACAAUAAUUUGAUCGCCUGCCGAGUUUAUUAGACUCACACUUGUAUGUGAAUUCGCGUACAGUUGACAAAUCAAAAAAAGUUAGUGAAACCAAUGUAAUGAGUCGGUAGCCAUUCUCUGUUUGUUUAUAGCCGAUGAUGUCGUCAUGGGUAACGAAAAUGGAAGAUAAAUGCGUGGAUGGAUAAAUCGAAAAAGGUGGAAUUCAACAUCAGCUUUCAUCGCAUGGAUACAAAAAGUUUACUUUCAGGAGAUACACUUGAACCUUUCUUAAAUCAGUCUUCGGGCAACCUGACGGAAGACAAGAAAGCUAAUCUUGACAACGUAAAUGUCUUCCAAGUUGUCAUUCUAUCGCUAAUUCUUAUAGCCGGAUUCGUAGGGAACAUCCUUGUUGUUGGGGUCGUGGCUUUAAAAUGCGAAAUGAGAACACGAACGAACAUCUUUUUCACUAAUCUCGCGAUAGCAGAGAUUGGUACGUGUGUGUUUUGCGUGCCUCUAAUGUUGAUGGGAUUAACCAGAGGCCGAUGGAAUUGGGGUAAUGAAUUUUGUAAAGUUAACUGUUUCAUGUUACAGUUCUGGUUCUUGGAGUGCGUUUUUACCUUGAUUGCCCUGAGUCUACACAAAUACUUGUCUGUUUAUAAACCUUUAAAAAGAAUUAUGAACCGAAAGAGAACAUUCCUGGUAAUCCUUUGUACAUGGAUGAUUGCUUUUCUGUGUGCCACAGGUCCUGUUUUGGGUUGGAAAAAGAUUUCAAACCAGUCAGAAGCUGCAACAUGUUACUUCAAUAACCCAACAAGAACGCUUCACUUUGCCCAUGUGAUAUUUUUUAGCACUAUAUCAUAUAUGAUUCCAAUUAUUGCAAUAAUUAUUAUAUACUAUAACGUCAUCCGUGUCGUCCAAAAGCACUUCAAACGGAUAAGAGAUACGGGGAUAAUAGACGAUAAAGGCAUAAGAGCCAAACGAAGAAUAGUAAUAACCAUUUCUAUAGUGAUUUUUGUUUUCUUCUUAUGUUGGACGCCAUUCUUUGUCAAUUCAGUCAUGUCAUUGUUGAACGUUCAAAGGGACUUUUUUCGCGUUGCACUUUUUUGUGGAUUCUCAUUCAGCGUGUUCAGUCCCGUCAUUUUAGUCAUGCGAAAUCCUAGAUUCAAACGAGGGUUUGGUGAGAUAUUAACGUGUGGGUUUUUCAGAGAGGGGUCCCAGAUAGACUUGGGAACAUCUUUUGGUAGCAAUAUCUCUCACACGAAUCCAUCUUUUGAGUAUAUAGAAGAAAGAAGAUGUUCAGCAUGGUACAUGUCCACUCAGAAAAAUCUCUUAAGUCUAGAGCCUGCUCCUCCUGAACGAAGACUGAAGCUGAGAUGGAUUGAAACUAAUCUUUGAUAAAGCUCUACGUUAAAUUUUAUCUGAAAGGGGGGAAGGAGAGAGGGAGGGGGGAGGAGAAAGGAGAGAAUGUGAGGAUUGUGAGGGAAAACACCUGGUGGAACCUUUAAAGCAAAGGUGUAAUAUGGACAUUGAAUACAUAGAGACCUAUUAGAGUGAGUUUACUUUUCUCUUGAAAGAAUGGUCGACGUAAUACAUAGUAGCAGACACAAAUUCCAUUGUUUUCUUUUGCUAUACUUUGACUGUCAGUCACUAAAUAAUACAACUUUCAUGGACAAAGUGAAGUCACUCUAUGCACCACAUUAUAAGGUGUGUUUCAGUAAGUAGCAAUGAUUCAUAUGAAUAAAAAGUCAAGAAAAUGCAUAAAUUACAAAAUACGAUUUCAAACUAUAAAUGCAGUAACAACUGCUAUAUAACUAAGCAGCCACUAAACUUAUUUCACAGUAUUAAUAAAUAUCAUAUUGAAUUUAAGAAUUUUACAUUGCUGCUUUAGCUUAUCAAGGCCCAUUGUAAUAUGGGAACAGUCUUAUCCUAAAUAAAUAAUCCUAGAAAGUCUAUUUACAUAUUAGGCUUUUUUUAAAUCUGAAACUUGAAAGAAGACACAAGGUCAUAAAUGAUAGCACUUUUCUGAGUUUGAUAAACAGGCUACUUUGAUAAACAGGUUACUCGUUCUGGCUUCAGUACAAAAAAAUGGAGAAUAUUCAUACCAAUACUGGCUUGGGAAGUCGUCGUUGAGCAUUGUUAAGAAGCUUAAUGUCUUAAUAAAGCAUACCAUUUAAUAUUCAUCCAUCGUUCAACCCAUAAUGUAGUAUAUAAUCCACUCAACGAAUAAAGCGAUAAUAGCCAGUGUUAUAAGAACAAUAUUACUCUCCUUUCUUCUCGUUCUUAUACCAAAGGCCCCCCAAGGGAACAGGUCAUUGAUGAUCAGCACUCCAAGAAUUAGAAUCGUAGAGAUUACGACAAGGCGAAGCAUCGGGUGAUUUUCGUCUUCAAAUAUAUUCAUUUUGGAUGGCCCAGUUUUAAGAGAAUGUAAAGCCUGUUCAAGAGCAAAUCUUUCGAUCAUUAAUCGUGUUUUAUCCU